AGGAAAUGCGAAGAGUGAAAUUGAAAUUGAAAUUGAAAUUGGAAGGAAACUCGAAAUCGAAAGGCUGUGAAAUUCGACUGGAAAUCAUGCGAUUGUGUAAAUAUGCAUUGAUUCGCCGGUGGAUGUUGGCAGGCGAGAAGCUCACUUAUGGCUCCAGACGCUUUGCUUCUCUCUCCGCCAAUCCUCUCAUUCAUGAUUCUGAUAAUUUAGUACUUGUUGAGGGCAAAGCGAGUUCUAGAACAGCAAUUCUCAACAGACCCGCAGCUCUCAAUGCUCUUAACAUGUCUAUAGUUGGCAGGCUUCAGGAGUUGUAUAAAAAUUGGGAAGAAGACCCUGCGGUGUGUUUUGUUGCUCUAAAGGGUGGAGGGAGGGCUUUUUCUGCUGGUGGAGAUAUUGUUGCUCUUUAUAAUCUUUUACAAAAAGGAAACUUAGAAGAAUGCAAAAAAUUCUUUUGGUCUAUAUAUAGGUUUAUAUACUUUCUUGGUACUUAUAUGAAGCCACAUGUGGCUCUCUUGAAUGGGAUCACAAUGGGUGGAGGCGCCGGAGUUUCCAUCCCUGGCACAUUUCGGCUUGCAACUGAUAAAACUAUAUUUGCCACACCGGAGACAUUAAUUGGUUUCCACCCAGAUGCAGGGGCUUCCUUUUACCUCUCUCAUCUUCCUGGCUACAUGGGUGAGUACCUUGCAUUGACCGGGGAGAAGCUGAAUGGAGCAGAAAUGCUGUCAUGCGGGCUUGCUACUCACUUUUCACCAAUUGAGAAACUUCCUUUGGUCGAAAAUUAUCUAGGAAAGUUGGCCACUGAUGAUCCCUCUGUCAUUGAAAGUUCUUUAGCAAAACACGGAGUUACAGUCCAUCCAGAUCAGAAUAGUGUAGUUCACAGGAUUGAUGUACUAGACAAAUGUUUCAGCCACGACACAGUUGAGGAAAUUAUUGAAAGUUUGGAAAUGGAAGCUGCUAAGACAAAUGACACAUGGUGUGUCUCAACUUUGAAGAAGCUGAAAGAAGCUGCGCCAUUGAGCUUGAAGGUUUCAUUAAAAUCAAUACGAGAAGGUAGAUUUCAGACUUUCGAUCAGUGCCUUACUCGUGAGUACAGAAUGUCCCUACAAGGAAUCUCCGGUCAGAUAAAUGGUGAUUUUCGUGAGGGUGUUCGGGCAAAGGUGGUUGAAAAAGAUUUCAGCCCCAAGUGGGAUCCUCCAACGUUGGAACAUGUAUCUCAAGACAUGGUUGAUCAAUACUUCACUCCUCUCUCUGCAUUUGAGCCUGAACUGGACCUUCCCAUAAUGCAGCGUGAAGCAUUUAUUUAGUGAAGGAAUUGUUUAUGCUACCGGCAAUCCUUGUACACCAUAAAGUAGUCCAUAUAUCAUCAGAAAAAUAAUGACAUGGAUAAUAGUGGCAUUUAAAUAUACUGAUUGCAUUAUCACAUCUCUUGCAAACAGCAAAUGUGUUAAUUGAUAGUAUUAUUGUUUUGAGGCUUAUAAUACAACAGAAUGUCAUUA